AUGAAGAUCCUUCUCCACUACGGAAGGGGUGGGGGAGGUGGAGGUCAUUGGAAGUUUCGUCGGACCUCCGGGUUGUCUCUUCUAUUGGGGGAUUCCGAUGCCUUUCUUAGACUUCCUCCCCCUGAGGGAAAGAUCGGGCUCCGUAGAAAUAAUCCGGGGAGCACGUUUCGGAGGUAUCGGGCGCCCCAUCGCAUCGUGACAGCACCCCAUGGCAUCGUGACAGCACCCCAUGGCAUCGUGACGUUCGACUUUCAGCCGGCAUACUUUUCUGAUAUCAUGUCUGCCAAUACAACAUUGAUUGCCUCGCCAAUGCACUCCAAUUCAUCCACUGCAUCGGAAGAUGAAGAUGAUGUCACAGCACCAAGAAUUGAAGGCUGUGGAUUAGGAGUUGCUUGUGCUGUCCUCAUCUGUCGUCCCAAUUCUCAUCCAUUUGAGGAACGCACAGUGCGAUUGGAUCAACCGGUGAAAAUUGGUAGAUCUGUGGCCAGAUGUAGACCUUCACAUGACAAUGCCAUAUUUGAUUGCAAAGUCUUAUCAAGGAAUCAUGCUUUGCUUUGGUAUGAAAAAGGAAAGUUCUUCCUUCAAGACACCAAGAGCAGCAAUGGAACGUUCGUUAACAACCAGAGGUUGAGCAAGGGCUCUGAGGAAUCUCACCCUCGGGAAAUAUACUCAGGUGAUAUUGUACAGUUUGGAGUGGAUGUUGUGGAGAAUUCUAAGAAAGUGACCCAUGGCUGCAUUGUAGCCACAAUGAAGCUUGUUCUUCCAGAUGGGAAGGAAGCCAAAGCUAGUCCUUCUACGUCUGUCAUGCCCUCCUUGGCUGGGUCUGUAUCCACUAAUGAGCUCUAUGAGCUCCACCAAUAUAUUCAGGAAGCAACGCACAGGGAGCAGCAGAUGGAGAAUAAGUUGCAAGCAUUGCAAAAACUCAUAGCUGCCAUUCAGGAGGCUGGAGAAAAGGGUUGGAAAUCGUUGAUUGAUGAGGAUCGGCUUCUCACACGAGUUGAGAUCCUUGAGAGUCAACUCUAUCUUCAUUCCAAGGGUCAAACUGAGGACAAGCUGAAGGAGAGAUUGAUGGAGUUGGAGGAGGAAAAGAACUUGUAUCAGAGUACAGCCAAGGACUCAAUUCGCAAGAAUCUCCAGGAAAAACUGGAUGCUAUCCUUAAGCUUUCUGUCUCUGAACGUGCAUUGCAGUCAACAGAGGACGAGUGCAAUCACUUGCGAACUAUGAAUGACCAAAUGAAGGAGGAGAUGUCCAAGAUCCUUGAAAAACAUGAAGAGCAGGUCAAUAAGACCAAAGAACUGACUACAAAGUUGCAGGAGCUAGAGAAAGAGAUUGAGGAGAAGCAAAAAGCCCUUGAUGAGGAGGUGGAGAAGAUGCAAAACCAUGAGAAUGAACUCAAGCAUAACCAUGAGAAUUCAUCCAUCUCAGAAGGUGCUCAUGGAAUUCAAGUGGAUCUGCUCCUUGAGAAGAUAGAAGAGAGCAUGGAUACUGACCUGAAGUCAGCUCUCCGCCAUAGCCGGAAUGAGGUGGUUGAUCUCAAGCAAAAGCUUAUCAAUGCUGAGAGUGAUACCAAAGAGAACUCAAAUCGCUUGGUAGAUCUCAGUAGUCAGCUUGAGACUGCUCGAAAUGAAGCCAAUCGUUAUCUGAAUCAGCUGAAGAUUCUGGAAGUGGAACUGGAAGAAACAAAGACACGAAAGUCACUUGCAGAAACACUGGUGAAGGAACUUGAGGGUUCUCUGGAGAAGAUGGAGAAGGAGAAGGUCUUCCUAAAGGAGCAGUUGGAGAAAGCACAGUCCAAGGAAUCUGUGAUUGGAGACAACGUCCAUGUGGGAUCCCAGGAAUUUGAUGGGAAUGAGGAGAAGUCUAGUUUGGUGAAGGAAGUCUCAGAGCUGAGAGGUCUGGUAUCAAUUCUUGCAUCAUCUGAUCUGCUCCAUAAGCUGUUGGAGGAGAGCCGUGGGAAGCGGAAGCACUUGGAAGAUAUGGUUGACUCCUCCAAGUCCCGCAUCGAUUCCUUGCAGUCUUCCUUGAAGGAAACAGAACUUCUUGUUAUGAAAUUUCAGUCCCAGCUUGAGGUAGGUGAGAGGGUGGUACGGGAAAAGGAAGUUCGCAUUGAGGAACUGAGUGCUGAGGUCCUGGGAUGCCAGAAGUCCAUGAAAGAAUCUCAGAGCCGAAUUCAUGAACUUCAGGACCUCUUGCAGCUGGAGAUCCAGUCCCGAGAGAAGAAGGAACAAAUCCUCAACCAGACAAGCCAGAGGUUGAAGGAUGUGCAGAGGGAGCUGGAUGCCAAAGAAAACAUGUUGAAGGAAUUGCGUGCCAAACUAAAAGGAGCCUUGAACCCUGAGCCUCAGUCCAAACCUUGUGAUCGCUCCUCUCAAGUCAAUUUACAUGAGAAUUCAAGCACUGAAAUGCUGGUCCCACACGCAAAUGCCAGUCUAGUCGAUCAGGAAUCAGAAGCGGAGCGUCUUCAAGCAGAGUUGGAGUCAAUGAAGGAGGAAGUGGUGCAUUUGAAACAGAGGUACGCUGAAUGCAAUGAAGAGCGUGCCACCUUCAAGGUGGAAAGGGAUCGCUUUGAGACGGACUAUAAGGAGAUUGCCCGCCACACUGAUGUGAUCACACUCUGCACAGGUAUCCCUAUCGUGAUCCUGCUGGUUUCACUCAUCUGUGCUCUCCACCCCUUCUUCUCUGCCAUCACUGCCACAUUUGAGUCAUAGCGAUAUUCCCUACAUCUGACCUGUGAAAUCCCAUUAACCAAUUCUCAUGUGCUAAUUUCCCCAUUUCCAAAAAAGAGUUCCCAUUAAGACAAGUGACAUGUGAUGGAUGGCAGAGAAUUGCCACGGGCAUAAAUUUGACGUGAAGAGGAAAAACCCGAAGAUCUUGGUUGGGCAUUUGCUUCAUCCUUCUCUCUCCUUCCUUUUAAGUGUAAAUACCUCAUGGUGCUAUCCGAAUUUCUUCCUCCUACACUUUUUAAAGAGCAUCCUUGCUGGAAGAGUGUUUUGUUCUUGUACCUCUUCUUUUUCAACAAACAUUUUUACACGCUUUCAAUGCUGUCAUCAGUUCUCUGGAAGUGUUGCUGACCAGCUGAAGAGGUGCCAUAUGUGAUGUUCUUUUUCUAUGUUGAUGUUUUCUUUUAGGAGAGUUGCCAUACUUGUUUCCAGUUUUUGCCCCAUGUGAGUAUGUUCUUGUUUAUUCUGUACUGGCAGCUGUGGCCUCACCUGUUAGUCCUUGGGAAAGUUCAAACUUAGGAAUCAAAGUUGAUUUUCAUUUCGUUUAUGCGUUCCUUUGAGUUUAUCAUGACAUGCAAAUAAAUAUUCAGGAUUUGCCAGACCAC